AUGUCCCAAAAACGAAUCCCACGGGAAAGCAAAGCGAAGGGGAUCGAACGAAUUGCGCAAAUGAAUUCGAUCAGCAUACCAUAUAUUACCCAUACCCAUAACCCCCGCCACGAUCCCAUCCCAUCAUCACCUUAUCGAAUGCCCGAAGAGGCCGCCGCCGCCUCUCACUCUCAAGAACCCCCCAAUAACACUGCAGACAAACCCUGUUCUCCGGGACCCCCAAGUCACAAAAAAAAGAGCCUCAAUUACCCCGGUGGGAAUACCUUCCCAGAACAAUCACUCUCUAUUCCACCUAUACAGUCUUUUGCCUUUUAUCUCGCACCCAGUUUCCCCAUCAAACUCACCUCCCAGCGCCUACCUGCCAUACAUCCAACGCGAGUCGCCAAACAACCAGGGCCCAUUCCUGAGCGAAUCCUCUUUUCUUAG